AUGUUCAAGUGUGGAUGUUGCAAUCAUGUUUUCGUAAAUUUCAAAACCUACUAAUUUUGUGAAACUCGUCAAGUCGUUAUCUAAUUUGUUUGUAAUUAUUUCAAGGAAUGCGUAUUCAUAUUUGUACGGGACAUCAGAAUAUGUAUUUGUAUGUUGGUAGAAUAAGGAUAUAUGGAAAUUUUAGUUAAUUCAUCGGAUCUUGACCGCUAUAAUUGUCAUUCAGUUUUAAAAUAAAUUAAAAAUAAAUUAUAAAAGUUUUUAAUUGUUAAACGAAAAUUUUGAAGCUGUUAAUCAUCGAUCAUGAAUGGGAAAUGAGAAAUGGUUUCAUUUAGCCCCGAGAGAUUUAGAGAGCCAAUUCGAGAUUGCACAGCGCACAAUGCAGUGCACUCUUCCAUCGAUUAUUCGACACUCCACACUCGUAAUCAGUCAGUCUUGGUGGCCAGACACCAAGAAAAUUAUUAAUUUCUGCACUCUGUAAUGUCGUUGUUGCAUCCGUCACCGAAAAAAGGCCGCUUCGACCUUGGUGAAACUCUUUAUCAGAAAUACUUGGACGGGAAGAACGUGGACACUGUCCUCGUGGUUGGACCAUGUCGUCAGUUUCACGUCCACAGAGCCGUCCUCACAAGCGCAUCGGAUGUGUUUGACGAAGUGUUGAAAGGAAGAAAGGGCGGAGUCCAAGACCCAAAUAUAAUCCGACUUCCGGAUGGAACGACAGAUGUAGCGGCAAAGGCAUUCAUCCAGAUCAUGUAUUUGAGGAAAGUGGACCUACCCCUUACAACCAGUCUCGUUUUGGAAGUGGUCUCGCUCUGCGACAAGUUUAUCAUCGAAUCGCUUAUCGACGAGUUCCUCUCCUCCAUCCUACACUUCGUUACACGAUAUACAUGUGUGGAAAUUUGCGAAGGUAGUUUCGAUUUGACGAAAUGUAAGCUACUUUUCGAGGAUGCUUGGACCUGCUUGACAAGAAAUAUUUACAUCAUUCUAGAAGGUAGUGCGACUAAAUUGUGCGAAAGAACGUGGGAGAAAAUUCUACUCAUGGAAGGUCCCGAUGUGUCGAUGGAUGAACUUGUACUUUUCGUCCAUCUCAUGCGUUGGCGUGGGGCCAACAAGUCCCGUCAAGAAGCAUUUCAACGUCUCGUUACCUUGAUUCGGUUCCCUUUAAUGAGGGCUGACACGAUCGCCCAGAGUGUGGAGCGGUUCAACGUUUUGUCGGACAAGGAUUUGGCCGAUGUUUACACUUACAUUCAUGGGGGAGGAUCUCAGGGAAACCGAGUUCCAAGAUUUCCCUGUUACUCGCGAAAAUCAAAAGUCGUCAAUUCAUCGACGCAGUUGCGAGCCAUUCUGCGAUCAGUAAACCCCCGCGAUUUCAUUCAAUUACUCCCAGGCGAAUAUGAGACCAAAUCCAGCUUUGUAAUCCCGGGCGGGGUAAAAAUUCAAGGGUCGGGUCAGUCCACCAUUAUCCGUGGGAUUUCCAACAAGGCGAUUGACGUACUGGUCGUGAACGGACAUGACGUGGAGAUUUCUAACCUACAAAUUUUAUGCAGCCGGAAAUAUACUCAUAUCGGAAGACAUCCAUCUUGCGGACUUCAGCUUUGGGGAUCACGAAACCUCGUGAGGAAUGUCAACCUCACAAAAUGUGAGCUACAAAUCAAUGGGCCUUACAGCAUGAUUAGCAACGUCACCUGUGACACUGGACAUACAGGAAUUUGCAUUGUCAACCAGGGUCACAAUACCUUGACCGAUGUGACCCUUCGAAACCUGAAAUUUGGGAUUCGCAUCAAAGACGGGGCCAACUCAAAUUCAAUUCAUGACCUUGAUUGUACCGACGUAGCUGUAGGGGUUACCCUAGGCACUGAUAACAACUCAUUGAUCGGUAUGGACUACACGUUUCCGAAAUCAGUGGGUAAAAAUGAGGAGAGGGUCGCGGUCAAAAUUGUAGGAGGAUGUGGAAAUACGGUCAACGAAGUCCAAUGCUAUAAAUUCGACGAGGUUGAAGAGGAUGAUGAUACAAGCAGUGUCGACAGCAGGGAAUCCGAUUAUAUGGAUCUUGAGAACAUCAAGACAUUUGGUCUGAUCGUGAUGGAAAGGAACGGACAAGUUCCGAAGAACAACAUUUUUGAGGACUUUGCCGGCGGUCCAGUAAAAUUGGAAGGGGAAAAGAAUACCUUAAAGGAUGUGGAUGCAUUAUUCAUCUCUCUGUCAGGAAAAGGACACAAAUUGGAGAACUGCAUAACGGAUGAUUAUUCAUGUGACGAUGAAGAUGAGGCAUGUACCAUGGAGUUGGUGGGAUGCAACUUUGAUUGAUAGAUUAAUGGACUUGACGACUGAUAUUAUUGAUCUGAUUUUUUAAUUUAAUUUUUUGUUUGCAUUUUGUAAUUUAAGUUGUGAUGUUUUGACCAUAGUUUUGACCCAUGUGUGAAUUGCCAGGAUGUUGUUAGUUACUUAAUAUUUAGUUGACGAUGUUAAUGACUUGUUUAUCAUUAUAAUUAGAAUUGUAAGCCUUGGUAAUGAAUGAGAUUCUAGCAUAGAUUCUAGCACUAAAGAACCUGUCGUAGUUACGACCACUAAAAUUUAUACAGUUGUAUGUAAGCGUUGUACGAAUUUCAAAGGAACUGAAACUAAAAUAAACUCAUUAAUUUAACUCCGACAAAAUUA